CUAUUCGGCUUUUCUCUAUAUUGAGGUAAAGUCAAACUAUGAAAGUAUUGUUUUAGAUAUGAGGAUUUUUAUAAAAUUGCUCUUUUAUAUCGUGUAUAGACUCUUUUAUAUGUGUACAAACUCACAUUUUCGUAAGUAGCCUAUUUUAUUGAAAUGCCCUAGUAUUCUAUGCUUCUCAGCCAUUGAAAUUUUUACUUGAGAACUACAGGAAUCAUCUUGAAGACAGGCAAUAAUAUAAUUUGUGUCAAAAACAAAAAUGAAAUAACACAAAAGAUAGAACAUACAACGAUAUUAUGAUUUCUACUUAGGUGAUGCCCACAUAAGCUCCAGGCCUGGACAUGGGUGAUGGUAAGGAUGAUGAUGAUUAAUAUGAUAUAGAUACAUAGAACAUAAACAAUUUGAACGUUUCAAAACCAAAUGGAGUUAUGGAUGUUGAAAUUAAUAUUCUGUUCCAGGAAGCUGUUAUGAAGAUUAUGCGAGAUAACUUGAAAGUGGAUUAAAAAAGUGGAAGUUUGGCGUGAUUCGAAUGUUGGAAGCAGUCAUUUUAUUAGGUUGAAUGAACUCACCAUCUUGGAAAUCUGAUAUUUCUGGUGCCGAAGUCAAGAUGCAUUCGUCCCAAGAAGUUGAAGACGGAAGCCUCACCAAGUCCAUCGCAACUACCUCAUCAGUUGAAGAUAGUUUCGAGCCAUGCACCAAAAAACAAAAACUUUCGUGUAAACAUAUCGGUCUUGAAAAAGCUUACGAUUUAUUCCCAUUUGCCAAAAAUGAUACUUUGAGUGGAGAUAUUAGUGUAAAAUCUGUAAAUAUUCAAUCUGAGCCCAACACAGAAAUCGUCAAUGAUGGACAACAUUGUUUCAAAGAAGAAGAAUCUCCAGAAGAUAUCAAUAACCACAAUGAAGCCGAUACUGAAUUGAAUUUAGAAAACAACAAGUCAUUGAAAGAACUCUAUGUUUUAGAUGAAUCUAAUGGUUUUGAUGAUGGUGAUGCAGAGGCAUUAUCUGAUUCAUCAAGCAACCAUUCGUAUGACAUUCCUGAUGAUGAGAUUGAAGCAUUACUUGAGGAGGGAAUUGGUGAUACAAUGAUUAAAGACCAACCAAGGAAACCUUUGCCGUUCAAAAAUGAUUCUCUUAGAGAAAAGCUCAUUAAACUUGCUAACCGAGUUGGAAUGCCACUUUCUAGCUCUGUCGAAGGAAGUAAUGUUGAUAAAAUUCCAAAUCCUGAUUCUAACAACUCAAAAGAUACACCACCUCGAAUAUCUGAUUGUGAAAAUAGUUCAAAUGAUAUUUUAAAUCCUGAUACUAACAAUUCGAAAGAUGAUCCACCUCAAAUAUUAGGCUGUGGAAAUAGUUCAAAUUUAAAUUCAGAUCCAAAUUCGUUAGAUGUUGGAUUACAUAAUUAUAAUUCCAAAGACGAGAAUGCAGAUACCUCUAAAGUGAAAGGUGAAACAGCUGAUCUUGAAUCAAGCAAACCAAAGACAAAUAAUAUUGAUGAUGAAGAAGAGGAAUGCAAAGUAUUUAAAAUAAUUGAUGAUGACAAAAAUGAACUAGAAUAUGAAGUUAGACCAAAGUUUGUCCUUGAGGAAUUGGAACAGAAUCAUUUUGAUCUUCUACCUGAAGGUUGGGUAAAGCUAACUCAUCGGAGUGGAAUGCCACUCUAUCUACAUAGGAAAAGUCGGGUAUGUACAUUGUCCAGACCAUACUACCUAGGCCCAGGAAGUAAUAGAAACCACAGCAUCCCUUUGGAAGCCAUCCCUUGUAUGCAGUAUCGCCGGGCGUUAGAGAAAGAGAAGCAGAAGAAGGAAGAGAUGGCAGAGACAAGUAACACGGAUGUAUCUAAUUUGCUGGCAGCCGGCAAAGGUCCUUCACCUCUGCUGCGGUGUGCUCGUAUUGAAACGGUUGAAGAGAAUCGUGCUUACCAGUCUCUUAAACAUAAAGAAGUUCGUGACUACUGCUCCAAGCUUUUCCGUUUCAAGUCAAUCAACUCAGUCAGGUACAAGUGCUGGGGAACACGCAAACUGAUUGCUAGUCAUAAGGAAGCUGAACGAUUGCAGCGGCCCACUCUUCCCAAUGGCACAAAACUGCUCAGGUUUGAGAUACGCAAUGCGGAUGGCACUCCUACUAAUCGGCCACAAAAAGAGUGGAUCAUGAAUCCGGCUGGUAAAAGCUACGUCUGUAUUUUGCACGAAUAUGUUCAACACGCUCUUAAGAGUCAACCCUCCUAUGAAUUCAAAGAAUUACAAAAUCCCUCUACACCAUACAGUGCUGAAAUAUCAAUUGAUGGCAUAUCGUAUGGAAAGGCGUUUGGGACCAGCAAGAAGCAAGCAAAGCUGCUUGCUGCCAAGGCAGCACUUGAAAUACUCAUUCCAGAUAUGAAAUCGAAGAUUGAUCCAGAUGCUAAGGCUACUAAAGCGCAAGGAACCGAUGCUCAUCUUUCAAUAUUUGAUUUGAUUCGCAUAGAAGAUCCACGUGUUAUUGAGUUCAGUAAUAAGACAACUGAACCAUCUCCCUACAAAAUGCUGCUAACGUGUCUCCAGCGGAACCACUCAUUGCCAACAGUCAACUGCAAUUACGUUGUUAGCAAAAAGGAAAAAAAGCGGAAUGAGUUUACAAUAACCGUGGGCGGCCACUCGGCAACUGUGGUUUGCAAGAACAAACGCGAUGGGAAGCAGCGUGCUUCGCAGGCUAUUCUACAGGCUCUGCAUCCUCAUGUCACCACUUGGGGCUCCCUACUGCGACUCUACGGCAACCGAUCAGUUAAAAACAUCAAAGAAAAGAAGCAGCAAGAGAAGGAGAUCACUCUUCUUCAAAGUAAGGCUUCACUCAAUAAACCGAACUUUGCCAUUCUCGCCAAGCUCCGAGAAGAAAUGCAAAAGCUGCAUGAUAAGAAGAACCUACUCCAACCUAUUGGAAAAUUUGUGCCUCCUGAUGGUGUCAGCGUUUCAAGCUUUUCAUCGUCUGAUCUUGAUAAGCUCGACCUUGGCUCCAGUUCCACAUCACCACCAGCAUCCAGCAUUGCACCAGCUCUCAUCAGUAUACCAGCUCUCAGCAGUAAACCAGCACUCAGCAGUACACCAGCAAGCUCGGACUCACUUCCUCUGUUUGUCAAGGUACCACAACCGAUUGAAGUGGUGAGUAAACCAAUUUAACAGCUUUCAAUUACCUAUAUGGUAAGAACUGGUUGAAUAGGAUAUGAAUACGUAUAGCUUGAUAACAUUUAUUUAACGUAUAUUAAUUUUUUCAUUCUCCUUAAUUAAGAAGUGAAGACUUGAUUAUACUUCAUAUAAAAUAGUGAUUACAGUAUUAUUCCAUACUCGACGAGUAUAUUUGAAAUAAGAUUGUUCGUAUUUAGCCUAUAACUCAAUGAUAGGCAAUGGAAUAUGUGAAUUAUAGUGUUAUGCUGUUCUAUCUUCCAAAAACGUGUUCUAGAAUGAUAUCUCACAUGCGUCUAGACUAGAAUGAGCAGCUCAUCUACGAAAAAUAAUAUUUUUUUUUAAAGGACUUUCAACGGAGGUUGGUUACAAUAAAUAAAUAUCAAAAGUUGUUGAUACCAUUACUCACGCAAAUCAAGUAAUCAUUAAACUAAUUUUCAGUAGAGAUGUUCAUUAGCCUCCUAUUCUUUAAAGCUUCCUUUGAUUAAUUUCUGAUAAUGAAAACUAUUGAAUAGAUUUAAAUCUGAAAGUAAAAUUCCAAAUUGUUUUAUUCAUUAGAUGAAUGGAUUAUUUUUGAGCUAUGUGAGCUGUUAUUCCAAGUGCAUUACAUUAGGCCUUCAAUGAUUAAACAUACUGUUCAUAAUUGUCACACAUUAAAAAAGCUUUUUGAAAAAUUUGAAUUGCUAAAUGUGUAGGCCUACUGCUAUUUUAUAGUGUCUUCGUUAUCAUAUUAUGCAUUUAGUCCUAUUUAAGAGUAGGCUAUUAAUUUACAAUAAUAUAACGUUAUUUGGAAAAUGAGACCCAUACUUGAUGGGACCUAAUAUUUUCUCAUUAUUCAAUUAUAAAAUUAUUUGUUAUAAAUUAUUAUUUUAAAAUAAAAAUUGAACCAAAAAAUUCAAGCUUUUUGAAUCUGGUUAGCCUGCUACAUCUAUAUAUAAUAAGAUAAAAAUUGGUUUAUACAUGUGCAGGAUAGGAAAUACACAAAUGACGCAUCAUCACGUCUGAACUACUGAACUGAUUUACUUGAACUUUUGCGUAAAGUUUCUUAAUUUAUCGAGUACUAUUAUAGGUUUAUUUCCAUUUUACUUAAUUAAGUAUGGUUAUAAUGAUUGGAGCAAAUUUAUUCAAUUUGUGAUACAAAGUUUACGUAAGACAAAAGCUUAAUCAAAUCUCUAUUGUAAAUUAGUACAGUUCUGAAUACUUACAAUAUCAGCAUGAAAUUAUAAAAAUAAAUUCAAACUAUUUGUGCUUUAAACAAACCCUUGCGGAGCAGGGUUACCUGCUACUUA